AUGGUUUCCUCCACUGCAGCUGCCGCUGCCACCUCCAAACAGACCUCGAUCAACCCCAUCUGGGCUCUUAUAACCAGAAUUUUCGUCUCUUGCAUCCCAUGCCUGCGCAUUCGCGCUUCGCCAACCCGCAAUCACCAUGGCUAUGCCAUAUACUACCCCGAAGGCAAAUCUGGCUAUCUCUUGAUCUCACAUCUGGGCACUGGCACGCAAGGCGCCGCUCUGCUGGUUCUCUCGUUGGCCGACCACCAACUUUACGUGCGAAAGCGCAAGCGCUUUCCCUGCGCACGAUUUCCCGCCGCCAACGAAGCUGAGCUCGCCCUUCCGCACAGCAACAUUCCCAUCCUUUUCUUGCAGAUACCGUACCAAGGUAUCGACCUGGACGGAGAUCCAUCGAGCACGACGGCAGAUAUUUGGCGUUAUUGCAACGGCGGCGAUCUCGCUCGUGUUAUCGACAUUUACAAGGAGAAGGUCGAGUCGGUCCCGGCGCCAAUUGUCUGGCGAUUCUUUAGGCAGUUGCUGAACGUGGUGCUGCAUAUUCAAUCUGCGAGGAUCAUUCACCGUGACAUAAAGUCAGACAAUGUGUUCCUUCACUGGACAGGUGGUAAGGAUGCCUCGUUGCCUGACUUCUUUCUGGGCGACUUCGGGAUUGCGCACCGGCUGCCCCUGGGCACAGCGGCGGGCGCCCACACGUAUGACUAUGUCGUACUGCUGGGCCUAGUCAAGCAAUUGAUGAAUCCGGCGCUGGUUGACCUCGGGAGGGUGAGAAUCCCGAGCGGCCAGGAAGGCAGUUUUGCUGCACUUGAAGGGUUCUUGGCAAAAAUGGAGGCGGCACUGUUCCGAGUGAGUGGGGAUGGGGAUUUGGGGGGGUUUGAGGCGGCAAUGAGAGCGGUGGAGAAAGAUCUGGCGGUGGAGGGACUGAAGUGGGAGGUGGAGUUGCCGGGGAUUGACUUGGGAGAGAUGAAGGUAGUGGAGGAAGGGGCAAACCCGAUCGUGUUUGAGACGAGGGAAGCUCUGUUUGGGGUGGAAAGCCAGCCGCCGGGACCAUGGCAGGUGGCAGAAGUGGAGAGGAGGGGGAAGCAGUGGGUGGUGAAGCGGGUAGAGCAAGAGAGACACCGUGAAGCAGAAGCAAUGUACUCUGCGGAUCAUAAGGGAAGAAGUUAG